AAUAUUAAGAAAUCUAAAUUUAAGAUUAUAUAUAUAAAGUAUUUAGGCUUUAUUAUUUCUAUAUUUAAUAUUAAAAUAGAUUCUAAUAAAAUCGAAGAAUUAUAUCGACUUCUACCAAGGCUUCUAGUAAAGCUCCUACUAGUUCAGUUCUUCCUCGGCUUCUAUAAUAUUUAUAAAUACUUUAUUAGAGAGUAUAAACGAAUUACUAGAUUUCUUAUCUUACUUAUAAAAAAGGGUAUUUCUUUUAAGUAA